AUGACGUCCCGACGCGACUUUCUGAGCCAGCCGGCUCCGGAAAACUACGUCGCUGGUUUGGGUCGAGGUGCCACCGGUUUCACAACUCGAUCCGAUCUUGGACCUGCUCGUGACGGCCCCAGCGAGGAUCAGAUCAAGGAGGCGCUUGCGAAGCGCGCUGCACAGCUUGGUCUUGUGCCCGAGGGCAAAAAGGGCAAGGAAAAGGAGGAGGAGGAAGACGAGGAGCGGUACCAGGACCCCGAUAAUGAAGUGGGACUGUUUGCUGGCGGAGUAUACGACAAAGACGACGAGGAGGCGGAUAAGAUUUGGGAAUGGGUAGACGAGCGAAUGGACCGGCGGAAACGGCAGCGAGAGGCUCGUGAACAAGCCGAACGAGAAGAAUACGAGAGGAACAAUCCCAAGAUCCAGCAGCAAUUUUCAGAUCUGAAGCGCGCUCUGGCCACGGUCUCGGACGAUGACUGGGCUAACCUGCCCGAGGUGGGAGACUUGACUGGCAAGAACAGGCGCAGCAAGCAGGCCUUACGACAACGAUUUUAUGCGGUGCCGGACAGUGUACUUGCGGCUGCGGGGGCCUCUGGAGACAUGGGCACAACGGUCGUUGAUGACGGCGCAGCGACAAGCACGACAGACGCAUCCGAUGGCACAAUGACCAAUUUUGCUAAGAUUGGUGCCGCCCGUGACAGAGUGUUGAAGUCAAGGCUGGAACAGGCGUCACAAACGGCCGGUGGCGACUCUGUCAUUGGAAGCUCGUCUAGUAUCGAUGCGCAAGGAUACAUUACGAGCCUCAACAAGAUGCAGGUGAACGAAUCACAGGCGCAAGUCGGAGACAUCAACCGAGUGCGAGAGCUGCUUCAAUCGGUCGUCAAGACAAACCCGAACAAUGCCCUGGGCUGGAUCGCCGCGGCUCGUCUGGAAGAGCUGGCAGGCAAGAUUGUUGCUGCGCGGAAAACGAUUGAUCAGGGAUGUACCCGAUGCCCCAAGAGCGAGGAUGCAUGGCUGGAGAAUAUCCGACUGAAUAUCGACUCACCAAACGCCAAAAUUAUCGCACGGCGAGCCAUCGAGGCGAACAACCGCUCUGUCAGGCUUUGGGUUGAGGCGAUGAGAAUGGAGACCAUACCCAACAACAAGAAACGAGUCAUUCGACAAGCGCUGGACCACAUCCCAGAAUCAGAGGCACUGUGGAAAGAAGCCGUAAACCUGGAAGACGACCCUGAAGACGCAAAACUGAUGCUGGCAAAGGCUACAGAGCUCAUCCCGCUUUCCGUAGACUUGUGGCUUGCCUUGGCACGAUUAGAAUCCCCCGAGAAUGCGCAAAAAGUUCUAAACAAGGCUCGAAAAGCCGUCCCUACGUCCUACGAGAUUUGGAUUGCAGCUGCUCGUCUGCAGGAGCAGCUUGGCCAGGGACAGAAGAGUGCGGUCAUGAAGCGAGCCGUCCAAGUUUUGGCAAAGGAGUCAGCGAUGCCGAAGCGUGAGGAAUGGAUUGGCGAGGCGGAGAAAUGCGAGGAAGAAGGUGCCAUUAUCACUUGCCAGAACAUCAUUCAGGAGACACUAGGUUGGGGGCUGGAUGAAGACGACGACCGUAAGGAUACAUGGGCAGAGGACGCCAAGGCGAGCAUCAACAGAGGCAAAUACGAAACAGCAAGGGCCAUUUACGCCUACGCCCUGCGUGUGUUUAUCAAUAGCCGGACGAUGUGGAUGGCUGCGGCGGACCUCGAGCGGAAUCACGGAACGCGCGAGUCCCUGUGGCAGGUCUUGGAGAAGGCAGUGGAGGCAUGUCCUAAGAGCGAAGAUUUGUGGAUGAUGCUGGCCAAGGAGAAGUGGCAGUCAGGAGACGUGGACAACGCCAGAUUGGUGCUCAAGCGAGCGUUUAACCAGAACCCAAAUAACGAGGAUAUCUGGCUGGCUGCCGUCAAGCUGGAGUCAGAGAAUGGCAACGAAGAGCAGGCCCGGAAACUGCUUGAGAUUGCACGGGAACAGGCGCCCACAGAUCGUGUCUGGAUGAAGAGCGUUGUGUUUGAGCGGGUCUUGGGCAAUGUCGAAAUGGCACUUGAUCUCGUGCUCCAGGCAUUACAGCUUUUCCCCGCAGCAGCCAAGCUAUGGAUGCUAAAGGGUCAAAUCUACGAGGACCUGGGCAAAACUGGCCAAGCUCGAGAGGCAUACGCCACGGGAGUCAAGGCGGUUCCCAGAUCUGUCCCCUUGUGGCUUCUCUACUCCCGCUUGGAAGAAAGCGCCGGCCUGACUGUCAAAGCCCGUUCGGUUCUGGACCGAGCACGUCUGGCUGUGCCCAAAAACGGCGAGCUCUGGUGUGAGUCGGAAGUUCCCAAGAGCGGCCUCCUCUGGGUCGAGCAGAUCUGGCAUCUGGAGCCUCGCACACAGCGGAAGCCCCGCAGUCUCGAGGCUAUCAAGAAGGUGGACAGCGAUCCGAUCCUCUUUGUGGCCGUCGCCCGCAUCUUCUGGGCCGACCGCAAGCUGGAGAAGGCGCAGAGCUGGUUCGAGAAGGCUCUUGUGCUGGAUGGAGACUGUGGCGACAGCUGGGCUUGGUACUACAGAUUCUUGGUGCAGCAUGGCACGGAUGAGAAGAGGGCGGAUGUGGUGACUAAGUGUGUGCUCAACGAGCCGAGACACGGCGAGGUGUGGCAGGCUGUUGCUAAGAACCCGAAGAAUGCGAAGAAGAAUGCCGAGGAGAUUCUGAAGCUCGUUGCGGCGGAGUUGGAGCAGUGA